AUGGUCUCUUCUGUGAGCCCUGUUGGGUCCAAGGUCAACACUCAUUCGCCCACUGUAUCGAUAUCUUCCGACGGAACGUUAUCAACGUCUGAGCGACCGCGCAUUAUAUCUGGAGAAGGAUUGGCACUCUUGUCCCGUAUCAGAGCUUUGGAGUCGAGCUUCCCUCCUCAAACUCCUCAAACUCCUCCCUCUCAGACCGUUGGUGGACGUUCGAUCUCGAUGGGUGCUCAUGACAGCUACUUGCAAGUGCAGACUCCAAAGAAGUCGACACCUACGAUCACUAUUCCUACGCCAACCUUCUCCCCCUCGGCGUCUAUCGCACCUACCCCGGAGCUUACCCCUCACAAGUCUCCGGUAACGUUACCAGAACACAUACCGACGGUUACGUUUCCCGCCCCGCCCCUGUCCCCACCGAAAGCCAAGCGUCGCCCAAAUACGAUGGACGCUCCACCGCUGGAAUAUAGUCCGGAUAGUCCUCCACGCACUUCCAGGAGCAUGCGAGCUGCUCGCAGUACAAGAAACUCUGGACCGAAUGAAGCUGAUUCCGCCAAGGCACGCUCGAAAAAAGCCGAGCACAGUGCCCGUCCUAGCCCACUCAAUUUAGACGCUGUCCCCACUUAUCGUGAGUGGAAGUCGAAUCCUGCUGAAGUCCAUACCCAGCCUGGCGAACUUACCGGCCUCGAGUUGGACUUGGACUACCAACAGCCGACCAAAGUUGGCAAGAAGCGACAGAGUUUGAUGGAGCAGCACCAACAGCUUUUUUUAAAUGCAAAUCCAUUCCAGACACCCCCCUCGCCUUCUGGCCCGCUCUUUGGCCCCUCGCUUGGGUCUGUUGUGCCGCCGCCAUUGGAGAGUGGCCCGCCAGCUAUGCCAUUACCUCCUUCCCCUCGCCCGUUCCCGGAGAUAUCAAUGGCUGCUGGUGCUUCACCUAUUAGCAUUCGAUCGAAUGACCUGCGUCAUUCAACCCCUCAUUCGCAACGGUCUCGUUUCGACUCCCUUAUGGUUCGACCUUCCCCGUCGGUAACUCCUGUUCCGGCAUCACCCGUUAGCUCGGACGCUACACAUGCUCUGACAGCCAUCUUGACCGCCCAACGCGAGCAAUUUGACGGGAUGAGCAAACACUUGCUUGAAAUGGUCAAAUCUUUCGAAGAGGAAAAGCGAGCAUACGAGCAGCAGGCCAAGGCAAAGGAGGAUGAGCGCAAGAUCAAAGGGUUGGAAUGGCUUGUAGGGAACCUUAACCUUCGCGCUGGUGGCGGAAAAGCUGGUAAUACUGAGCUCGCCAGUGACUCGGGAUCUAAUGACGCUAAAAACUCCCGACGGCGAAGCUCGUUCCCUGGGCUAGGUGCAAAAGACGAUACUCCCAUGACUCCUCUGCCUAUAGAUCAAGCACUCGACCCGGUUGACAGGGCAAAGCGCGCUGCCUCGAUGGAUGAUGUUUUACAAAAUCUUAUUGCGCUCUCUCAAUCCGGUCGGCUCAACUCGACCCGUAGCCACCCCGAUAUUUAUGAAUGGGCUACCAACACUGCUCUACAGCAAGACUAG